UGGUGUGUGUGGGUUUGGUUGUGCCCGUGUCCUCUCAUGGGGGCAGCCACUCAGUUCAGCUCUGGACAGAGGAGACUGGCGAUUUGGAUCCGCCAUGUUGUUCCUGCCGUCGGUGCUGCUUCCCCGGCUGCUUCUUGGGCGGAGGAGGGAGCUCAGCUGCUUCUUGGGCGGAGGAGGGAGGUCGGCUGCUUCUUGGGCAGAGGAGGGAGCUCGGCUGCUUCUUGGGCGGAGGAGGGAGCUCGGUCCAUCUGUUCGCCCAGCCGCCCAGAUCCAUGGGGGACAUGUCCACGAUUCAACGCCCGCCCGACGUUAUCACCAAGCAGGGUGAUCUGCAUUGGUUUUAGAAAGCAAUCUAUAUAGCCCCAGUCUUCCAGCCUAUGGCUGAGCUUUAUCUUCUGCUGGUAUGCGGCGACAUCAAGUAGAGUCAUCCUUGAUAAAUGGAUCUGUUUAAGAAUGUUUGUUGUCAGGUAUGGAUUUUAAUCAUAUAGUAAAAAAGGCAAUAGGAGAGACACAUGAAACAUAAUUUGGCCCUAAAGCAUAUGCUAAACAAUGGGGUGUUACUCAUAAGCAACCUUGGUUUGGUAUAUGUGAGACAAGUUGUUUCA